UUAACAGGUGUAAUAGCAGACGCAGAGAAAGAGAAGGGGAAGUUAGCGAAGGAAGGGUGGUCGGUGGUUUAUGAUGAUGAUGAUGAUGAUGAUGAUGCGCGGGACAAUAAAGAGGCAAGAGGUGCUGUAGUUCAAAGUUUCGUUAGGGAUCAGUUCGUCUUUGACAAAAAGCCUAAGGACGAGUCCGACGAAAAGAUAGUUAUCGAUCGGUCGCCGGUCGUCGAGCCGACGAUAGUUAAGCAACGUUUCGUUCGCGAUGGGAAGGGUGAUUCGAGCGUUACGAUCGUUGCGUCGAAAACUGUGGUCUCAACGACCGGCGGCAAGGAUCAGCCGCCGGUGAUCACUCAGACUAUCACGGUUCGAAAGGUAGACGACGCGGUGGUACCAGCCGCAGACACGGUGGCAAUCGCCAACGGGAAACAGAGCGUUGCCGUGAGCAAGAAGGAACUGCUGUCGAAAGAAGGUAAGGAAAUCGACGAGAAACAAACCACUCCGGUGAAGAGUGGCACGAAAGUUACGGAAGAGACAGUUGCCAAGACCAACAUUCCAAAGGAAACGAAACCGAGCGCGACCGACAAGCAAGUGUCCGCUUACGAGAGCGUUUACAGCGUUCGGUAUCCGUCGGCGCAGGAGGAGAAGCAAGAAGAUGAGUCGAAGAAGUCGAAGGAGAAGGGAGGCAUACUCUCGGGUAUUUUCAAGGGAUCGAAAUUGAAGAAGAGCAGGUCGAAAGGGUCGAAAGACACGUCGUUCGACAGUGGCGACGAGGAGGCAAAAGUAGCAGAGCAACACCAGACGCAACCUGGUGAAACGAGCGCGACACCGGACGUGAAAUUGGUCACCGAGCAAUUUUUAGAGGACUCGAGACGAGUUCACGUGCCUGUUAUCGCGGUGUCUUCGACCAAAACCGACGAGACGAAGGAAACGAAAGACCACGAGCCACGAGCGACAGCUUCCGAGGAAACGGACGAUCGUGCUGCAACUGUGGCAGCGAGUGAUGCAGGCGAUCAAGAGAAAGAGAAGGGCGGUGGUUUCUUCGGUAUGUUCAAGAGUCCCAAGUCGAAGGAAAAGAAGCUGAAGAAGGGUAAGGAAACGUCUUUGGACAGCGGCGACGAGGAGCUACGAAUCGCCACGGAGAAAUUCUUGGACGACACGCGGAAAGUUGCCGAAGCUACGGUCGUUCCCUCGGCUCCUGAGAUCAUCGACUCCGCGAACUUGCACACGUUCACCUCGCCGGUUCGUUACGACGAGGACACGCCCAAGGACAAGAUAAACGGCCACUCGUACGACAUCUCGGAGAUGCAGAAGAAACUAGAAGCGGACAGAGGCGCUCCUCACAGAGAAAUGAACGGGAGAUCGGAGGUGAAGAAGCAGAAGGAGCGAAGCGUGGAAAGACACACCGGCGCAAAGUCCGAGUCGCCGGAUAAACAAGUGGUGGAUGGCAAGAAGGAAGCGGAGAGGGAAGACAAGGACAAGAGCGGUGGAUUCUUGAGCAUGUUCAAGAGCCCGAAGCUGAAGAGCAAGAAGAGAAGUUCGUCCAAGGAGAAGAGCUCGUCCAAAGAGACGUCGUUCGACAGCGGAGACGAGGAAGCGCGACAGUUAACAGCUACGUUCUUGGACGACACGAAGAGAGUCGCCGACAGUUUGCACCACGAAGACUCGAAGCCCGUCGCUGAGAAACUGACAACCGACGUAGUUCCUGAUCAGAACAUCGCGUCGGAACACGCGGACAAAGAGGAGAGGAGCGGCAUCUUCAGCAAAUUCCGAAGUCCCAAGUUGACGAGAGCGUCGCGAAGCAGGUCUCGAGAGAAGAGCACACCGCCGCAGGAGCCGGUGACAAGUCCGGACAUCGCGAUCCGAGAAGCAACGGAGAAAUUUUUGGACGACUCGAGGAACCUCGCGAGUUUGACGUUCGACGUACCGGACGAGGCGAAGAAGUCGAAGGAACUCGACGACGUCGAUGGCGCGGAAGCAGCGAGGGACAAGGCUGCGAGAGAGGCUAAGAAAGCCAAGGAGAAGACCGGUGGUUUCCUCUCUGGAUUGUUCAAGGGGGCGAAACACGCUGCGGACGAAGCUUCCGAGGAGGCGAAGGAUAUUCUCGACGAAACGAAGAAACAGGUGGGCGAAGCAGCGGAAGGAAGACUGAAAGACCUCGACGCAGCGAAAGACAAAGUAGCCUCGGAGGCAAAGGAGGAAAAGGACAAGAUCAAAACUGUCGUUAAAGAUACCAAGGAUGCUGUUGGCGAAAAGGCGUCGGAGGCUGCGCAGAAAGUGUCGGACGUCGGCAAAGCUGUUGUCGAGAAAGUAGACUCAUCCGUGCAGGAUGUGGCUGACAGCGUGAAAACUGCGAAGGACAAAACAGCUGCGAGGGCGAAAGAUGCUAGAGACGCGGUUGUAGCUGGUGCUAGAGAAACGAAAGACAAGGUGAGCGAAAAGGCAGCCGAGGGAGCGAAGAAAGCAACAGACACGGAUAGAGCGAUCUCUGAGAAGGUGGUCGAGGCUGCGAAGGACGUCGAAGCGAAAGUAGCUGACGGCGCGAAAGCGACGAAAGAUAAAGUCGCCAAAGAGAUCAGGGAGGACGCUGAAACAGCGAAACAGAAGGUAUCGUCUGGAGUAGACACGGUGGUAGAUGGCGCAGCAGCCGCGAAGGACAAGGCUGCGAGAGAAGCUAAGAAAGCCAAGGAGAAGACCGGUGGUUUCCUCUCGGGAUUCUUCAGAAGCGCGAAACACGCGGCGGACGAGGUGUCGGAUGAAGUGAAAGACUUUGUCGACGAAACGAAGAAGGAGGCUGCGGAGGAGGAAGCUCGUGCUCGCGAGGCAGUAGCGGAAAAGUUGAAGGAUGUCGACACGGCGAAGGACAAGAUAACAUCCACCGUGAAAGAUGCCAAAGACACGGUAGGUGAGAAGGUAUCGGAGGCUGCGCAGAAAGUGCCGGACGCUGGCAAAGCUGUUGGCGAGAAGGUAGCUGACGGAGUGAAGCGUGCCGAAGAAAAACUAGACGAUGGUGUGGCAACAGCGAGGGAGAAAGUUGCGGAUGGUGCGCGGAAGAUGAAAGACACGGGCAAGGCUGUUGGCGAUAAAAUUGCCGAGGAAGCUGAAGCAACGAGAGAUCACGUGGCUAAGGAGAUCAAGGAAGACGCCGAGGCGGCGAAGCGCAAGAUAACAUCCGGAGUAGACACGGUAGCGGAUAGCGCAGUGGCAGCGAAAGACACGACUGCCCGAGAAGCGAAGAAAGUCAAGGAGAAAACUGGCGGUUUCCUCUCUGGCUUGUUCAAAGGUGCGAAACAAGCAGCGGACGAGAUUUCGGACGACGUGAAAGACUUUGUCGAGGAAACAAAGAGGGAAGCUUCCGAGGAGAAAGCUCGUGCGCACGAGGCAAUGGAGAGGAAGCUCGAAGACGUAACUGGAGCCAAGGACAGAGCAGUUGCUGACGUCAAGGAGGCAAAGGACAAGGCUGCAGUUGCUGCCAAGGAUACGAAAGAUCAAAUCAAAGGCGCUGCGAUUGACACCAAGGACAAGAUCAGUGAAAAAGUGUCCGGUCUGGGUGAAAAGGUAGCAGACGAAGUUGAGGAAAUUGGCAAAUCUGCCGACGCCGCUGCUCGACGAGUUGCCGAAAGCACGAGAACAGCUAAAGACAAGAUACUGACGGACGCGAAAGAUGUCGGAGACAAAGCUGCGACUGCGGUGAAGGACACCAAGGAUAAAGUCAGCGAAGCUGGGCAGAAAGUGUCAGACGUUGGUAAAACGGCCGGAGAAAAAGUCGCAGACAGCGUGGGAAAGAUUCGAGAGAAAACGGAGGCAGUUGCUCGCGAAGUAGCCGAGGAUACGAAGGCGGCGAAGGACAAAGUAGCGAAGGAGAUCCAAGAUGACGUUGACGCUGCUAAAGAGAAAGUUUCGUCGGGCGUGGGUGCAGUCGCGGAUGGCGCAGCCACGGCGAAAGAGAAAGCAACGAAGGAAGCGAAGAGAGCCAAGGAGAAGACCGGUGGUUUUCUAUCGGGACUGUUCAAGGGCGCCAAGCACGCUGCCGACGAAGUCUCCGAUGAUGUCAAGGACUUCCUCGAGGAAACGAAGAGAGAAGCGUCGGAGGAGAAGGACCGUUUGCGCGACACAGCUGAAGCAAAGUUGAAGGACGUGGAAGCAGCGAGAGACAGAGCAGCUGGGGACUUGAAAGAGGCGAAGGACAAGGUUGCAGCUUCAGCGAAGGAUACCAAAGACACGGUGUUUGCCAAAGUGUCGGACGCGGGCAAAGCUGUUGGCGACGGAGUGAAACGAGCCGCGGAGGAAAGCGAAUCCGUGGCUCGAGGAGUGGUCGACGGUGCAAAGGAGGCGAAGGAUAAAGCGGCCGCAGAUUUGAAGGAUGCCAAGGACAAAGUUGUCGCUACUGCCAAAGAUACCAAGGAGAAGGUGAGCGAUAAGGUGACCGAAGGUGCACAGAAGUUAACCGAUGCUGGUAAAGCUGUUGGCGACAAAGUGGUCGACGGAGUGAAAGACGCUGAAGCGAAAGUGGCUGACGGUGCAAAGGUAGCGAGAAAAGAGAUCAAGGAAGACGUGGACGCGGCGAAGCAAAAGAUCUCGUCUGGUGCAGAGGCAGUCGCAGAUGGCGCCGCGGCUACCAAGGACAAGGCCAGCAAGGAGGCAAAGAAGGCGAAGGAGAAGGCAGGUGGUUUCCUCUCGGGGCUCUUCAAGAGUGCGAAACACGCGGCAGACGAGGUCUCCGACGACGUCAAGGACUUUGUCGACGAAACAAAGAAGGAAGCUGCCGGGGAGGAAGCUCGUGCGCGCGACGCAGUGGCGGGGAAGUUGAGAGACGUGGAUGCAGCGAAAGACAAGGCAGUCGCGGAUGCGAAAGGCGCAAAGACGAAGGUUACAACUGCUGUGAAAGAGGCGAAGGAUGCGGUUAGCGAGAAAGUGUCCGACGCUGGGAAGGCUGUUGGCGACAAAAUAGCUGAUGGAGCGCAGAAGAUGUCCGAGGCUGGAACACUUGUUACCGAUACGGUAGUGGACGGUAUUAAACAGACCGAGCACAAGGUAGAAUCCACUGCAAAAGAUGCUGCUGAUGCUUUGAAAGCGACCAAGGACAAGGUAGUUACCGACACCGUGGAAGCUAAAGACAAGAUCGUAGACACUGCUAAAGACGCGAGAGACAAGCUUGGCGAAAAGGUAACCGAAACUGCUCGACAGGUAUCUGAUACCGGUAAGAUCAUGGGAGAGAAAGUGACAGAUGCUGCGAAGAAAACUGAAGACACUGUCCACGAUGCAGCAGCCGGCGUCAAAGCAGCAAAGGACAAAGUGAUUAAAGAAAUUAAAGAAGAUACCGAAGCAGCGAAGCAGAGAAUAAGCUCUGGAAUAGAUUCGGCGGUGGACGGUGCAGCGGCAGCGAAAGACAAGGCCGCGAAAGAAGCGAAGAGAGUGAAGGAGAAAGGCGGCGGUUUCCUCUCUGGGUUGUUCAAAGGUGCAAAACACACCGCGGACGAAGUCUCGGGAGACGUUAAGGAGUUCCUCGAGGAAGCAAAGAGAGAGUCCUCCGAAGAGAAAGCUCUUGCGCACGAAGCAAUGGAGAGGAAGUUGGAAGAAGUGGCCGAAGCGACAGACAGGGCAGCUGCGGGAAUUAAAGACGAAGCGGGUAAGAUCGCGACCUCUGUCAAAGCCACGAAGGAUAAGGUUGAAACGAAAGUGUCGGACGCUGGGAAAGCUGUUGGCGAGAAGGUAGAAGAUGGAUUGAGAUAUACUGGAGAAAAAGUGGAAUCCGCGGCUCGAGAUGUGACCGAUAGCGCAAAGGCGGCAAAGGACAAAGUGGCUACCGACGUGAAAGAGGUGAAGGAUAAAACUGUGGAAGCCGCGAAGGACGCCAAGGACAAAGUAGCGGACGGCUCGCAGAAACUGAUUGACGCUGGUAAGAGGGUGGAAGAAAAGAUAGCGAGCGGCGUGAGAACAGUCGGCGAUAAAGCAAAAGCUUCUGCUCACGAGGCAGCCGAAGGUGCGAAAUCGGCGAGGGACAAACUGGAGAAAGAAAUUAAAGAGGACAGCGCCGCGGCGAAGCGAAAGAUCUCGUCGGGUGUGGACGCGGUUGCUGAUGGCGCAGACGCGGCUAAAGAGAAGGUUACGAAGGAAGCGAAGAAGGCCAAAGAAAAAGGCGGAGGUUUUCUGUCGGGUCUCUUCAAAGGGGCGAAACACGCAGCCGAGGAGGUCUCCGAGGACGCGAAGGACCUCUUGGACGAGGCAAAGAAGGAAGCAGCUGAUGAAGAGACGUGUGCUCGCGCUUCUGUGGAGAGAACUUUGCACGACGUUGACGCCGCAAAGGAUAAAGUUGCUGCAGAGGUUAAAGAGGCAAGGGACAAGGUGGCAACCGCUGUGAAAGACACCAAGGACAAGGUUGGUGAGAAGGUGUCCGAUGGCGUGAAGACGGCAAAGGACGUUGGCAAAACUGCGGGCGAUAAGGUGGUGGACAGUACAAAACAGGCAGAAGCUGCUGCUCGAGAGAUAGCCGAUGGUACGAAAGUGUCGAAAGACGCGUUAAUCGCAGGUAUUAAAGACACCGCAGACGCGUUAUCGACUGCAGCGAAGGACACGAAAGAUAAAGUCAAAGACAAAACGUUAGACGCUGGAGAAAAGAUAUCGGACGCCAGCAGAGCUGUGACAGACAGCGCGGAGAAAGCGAAAAGCAAAACGGAAGCAGCUGCUCGUGGACUCGUGGAAGAUGCGAAAGCAGCAAAGGACAAAACAGCGAGGGAGAUAAAAGACGACGCCGAGGCCGUGAAACAAACGAUUUCUUCUGGAAUAGAUGCUGCGGUGGACGGUGCAGCGUCUGCCAAGGACAGAGCUGCUAAAGAAGCUAAGAAAGCCAAGGAGAAGGGUGGUGGUUUCCUCUCGGGGUUGUUCAAAGGUGCGAAACACGCGGCCGACGAAGUAUCCGACGACGUCAGAGAAUUUCUCGACGAAACCAAGAGGGAAGCGUCGGAGGAGGCAGCUCGCUUGCACGAUGCAGCGGAUGCAAAGUUAAAGGAUGUCAAAGCAGCGAAAGAUAAAGCAGCCGCGGAUGUCAGAGAUGCAAAGGACCAGGUUGCGACUGCAGCGAAGGACGCGAAGGACACGAUCGGUGCAAAGAUGUCCACUGUUGGCGACGAAGCGAAACACGCGGUGGAAAGAGUAGACACCAAGAUUCAACAACUAGCCGACGAAGCGAGAUCGGCGAAAGAUAAAAAAGUCGCUGAUGUUAAAGACGCCAAAGAAAAGGCGGCGACAGCUGCCAGAGACACGGUGGACAAGAUUAGCGAAAAAGUGGCCGAUGGCAAGCAGAAGGUAACAGACGCUGGUAAAACAGUGGGAGAAAACGUGGCGGAUAGUGUGAAAAAGGCGGGAGACAAGGUGGAAGCAGUCGCAGAGGACGUGGCCGGUGGCCUGGCGGCAGCAAAAGACAAAGCGGCCACGGAAAUUAAGAAGGAUGCUGAAGCUGUGAAGCAGAAAGUUUCUUCGGGCGUGGACACAGCUGCGGACGCUGCAGCGUCGGCCAAGGACAAAGCUGCAAAGGAAGCGAAGAGAGCAAAGGAGAAGACCGGCGGCUUCUUUUCUGGAUUGUUCAAGAGCGCGAAACACGCGGCCGACGAAGUUUCCGAGGAAGUGAAAGACUUUGUCGACGAAACGAAGAAGGAGGCUGCCGAGGAGGAAGCCCGUGCUCGCGAGGCAGCGGCGGGGAAGCUCAAGGAUCUCGACUCGGCGAGAGAAAAAGCAGCUGCUGGCGUGAAAGAUGCGAGAGACAAGGUUGUAGGCGCUGCGGUGGACGCCCAGGACAAAGUCAGCGAGAAAGUGUCCGACACUGUGCAAAAGGUGUCCGAUGCCGGUAAAACGUUAGGCGAGAAGGUCUCGCACGGAGCGAAGGAGGUCGAAGCGAAAGCGGAGACAGCGGUUGAAGAUCUGGUUAUCGGUGCAAAAACAGCAAAGAACAAAAUAACGACAGACGCGAAAGACGUCAAAGACAAGGCUGCGUCUGCCGCGAAGGACGCCAGGGACAAACUCAGCGAGACUGUGUCCGAGAGUGCGCAGAAAGUAUCGGACACUGGUAAAGCAGUCGGGAAGAAGGUUGCGGAAGGUGCGAAGAAGAUCGAGGAAAAAGCGGACAAAACUGCCCGCGACGUAUCCAGCGGCGCCAAAGCAACGAAAGAGGCGGUGGUCAAGGAAAUAAAAGACGACACCGAAGCGAUAAAGCAGAAAGUGUCGGGAGCCGUGGAUACAGCGGCCGAUACCGCGGCAUCUGCCAAGGACAAAGCUGCCAAGGAAGCUAAAAAGGCUAAGGAGAAGACUGGCGGUUUCCUCUCUGGAUUGUUCAAGGGUGCAAAGCACUCGGUCGAUGAAGUCUCGGACGAUGUGAAAGAUUUCCUCGACCAAACGAAGAGGGAGGCUUCCGAGGAAAGAGCUCGCGCGCAAGAAGCGGUAGAAAAGAAACUCGAAGACGUGGCUGUGGCGAAAGACAAAGCAAUUGCUGACGUAAAGGAUACGGCAGACAAAGCUGCGACUGCUGCGAAGGAUACCAAGGACAGAGUGUUUGCCAAAGUGUCAGACACCACGCAACAGAUGUCGGAUGCCGGGAAAGCUGCCGGUGAAACAGUGAUCGACGGUGUGAGAAAAGUCGAAGAACAGGUGGAUGCUAAAGUUCGCGACGUGGCUGACAGCGCGAAAGCAACGAAGGACAAGAUUAGCGAGAAAGUGAGCGAAGGCGCGCAAAAGGUAUCAGAAGCGGGAAAAACAGUGGGAGAGAAAGUGGCGGAUGGGAUGAAGAAGGUUGAAGACCAGACAGAAGCAAUAGCGCGCGAUAUAGCUGAUGGCGCGAAAUCGGCAAAGGAUAAGGUGGCAACAGAAGCGAAGAAGGACGCGGAAGCUGUAAAGCAGAAAGUUUCCUCGGGGAUAGACACGGCUGCGGACACCGCAGCGGCAGCAAAGGACAAGGCUGCGAAAGAAGCCAAGAAAGCCAAGGAAAAGACCGGUGGUUUUCUGUCCGGUUUGUUCAAAGGUGUGAAACACGCCGCGGAUGAUAUGUCGGAAGACGUGAGGGAAUUCGUGGACGAAACGAAGAAGGAAGCUGCCGAGGAGGAAGCCCGUGCACGUGAGUUAGUGGCAGAAAAGUUGAAGGACGUCGACGCAGCGAAAGACAAAGGAGUCGCAGCUGUGAGAGAUGCAAAGGACAAAGUCGACGACAAAGUUAGCGAGGCUGUGCAGAAGGUAUCCGAUGGUGGUAAAGCCGUUGGCGAGAAAGUAGCGGAGAGCGUAAAACAGAUUGGAACGGCUGCAGAUGCCACUGUUGACCGAGUAGCGGACGAUGCAAAAGCAGCGAAAGACAAAGUGGCGGCUGACGUGAAGGAUAUUAAAGACAAAACUGCUGCGACCGCAAAGGACGCCAAGGAAAAAAUUGCUGAGAAGUUGGUUGAGGGCGUUGAAAAGGUGUCGGACGCUGGUAAAACCGUCGCAGAUGGGGCAGAAACAGCCAAGGGUAAAGUUGAGGCGGUUGCUCGCGGGAUAGCGACUGAGACGAAACAGGUAAAAGAUAAAAUAUCUAAAGAAAUCGAGGACGACGCGGAAGCUGUAAAGCAGAAAGUAACAGGGGCGGUAGACGCGGUGGCAGACACCGCUGUGUCUGCCAAGGACAAAGCUAGCAAAGAGGCUAAGAAAGCCAAGGAGAAGGGCAGUGGUUUCCUUUCUGGAUUGUUUAAGGGUGCGAAACACGCUGCUGACGAAGUUUCAGACGACGUCAGAGAAUUUCUCGAGGAAACUAAACGAGAAGCGUCUGAAGAGAAAGAUCGUCUGCACGACGCAGCGGACGCAAAGUUGAAGGAUAUCGAAGCAGCGAGAGACAAAGCUGCCACAGAGGUUAAAAACGCGAAGCAGAAAGUGGUAGACGCUAAAGACAAAGUCGCUGAAAAAAUAUCUGAAAGCGUGGAGAAGGUAUCGGACGUUGGCGACAAAAUCGUCGAUGGUGUAAAACACGCCGAAGCGAAAACAGAAGCGACAGCUCGUGAAAUAUCUGACGGAGCGAAAUCCGUGAAAGACAAGGUGGUUUCGGAUGUGAAGGGAGCUAAGGAUACGGUAGCAUCGACCGCAAAGGACGCGAAAGAUAAAAUUACAGAGAAAGCGUCGCAAGGCGCGCAGAAAGUGUCAGAUACCACCAAAACCAUCGGGGAGAAAGUCACCGAAGGAUUGAAAACAGUCGAAGAUAAAACAGCGACCGUUGCUCACGGUAUCGCUGACGGCGCGAAAGCAGCAAAGGACAAAGCUGCUAAAGAAAUUAAAGAGGACGUUGAAGCAGCGAGGCAAAAGAUAUCGUCUGGCGUAGACGCAGUGGCAGAUGGCGCGGAGGCAGCAAAGGACAAGGCUGCGAAAGAAGCUAAGAAAGCGAAAGAAAAGACCGGCGGUUUCCUUUCUGGUUUGUUCAAGGGUGCGAAACACGCUGCUGACGAAGUUUCAGACGACGUCAGAGAAUUUCUCGAGGAAACUAAACGAGAAGCGUCUGAAGAGAAAGAUCGUCUGCACGACGCAGCGGACGCAAAGUUGAAGGAUAUCGAAGCAGCGAAGGACAAAGCUACCACAGAGGUUAAAGACGCGAAGCAGAAAGUGGUAGACGCUAAAGACAAAGUCGCUGAAAAAAUGUCUGAAAGCGUGGAGAAGGUAUCGGACGUUGGCGCAGCAGUUGGGGACAAAAUCGUCGACGGUGUAAAACACGCCGAAGCGAAGACAGAAGCGGCAGCUCGAGAAAUAUCUGACGGAGCGAAAUCCGUGAAAGACAAGGUGGUUUCGGAUGUGAAGGGAGCCAAGGAUACGGUAGCAUCGACCGCAAAGGACGCGAAAGAUAAAAUUACAGAGAAAGCGUCGCAAGGCGCGCAGAAAGUGUCAGAUACCACCAAGACCAUUGGGGAGAAAGUCACCGAAGGAUUGAAAACAGUCGAAAAUAAAACAGCGACCGUUGCUCACGGUAUCGCUGACGGCGCGAAGGCAGCAAAGGACAAAGCUGCUAAAGAAAUUAAAGAGGACGCUGAAGCAGCGAAGCAAAAGAUAUCGUCUGGCGUAGACGCAGUGGCAGAUGGCGCAGAGGCAGCAAAGGACAAGGCUGCGAAAGAAGCUAAAAAAGCGAAAGAGAAGACCGGCGGUUUCCUUUCUGGUUUGUUCAAGGGUGUGAAACACGCCGCGGAUGAAAUGACCGAGGACGUGAAGGAAUUUGUGGACGAGACGAAGAGAGAAGCUGUCAAGGAAGAAGCUCGCGUUCGCGAAGCAGUAGUGGGAAAAUUAAAAGACGUCGACGCAGGGAGAGAGAAGGCGGUCGCAGGUGUGAGAGACGCCAAGGACAAAGUUGCCACUGCUGCAAAGGACACCAAGGACGCGGUCGUUGCCAAAGUAUCCGACGCCGCGCAGGAAGUGUCGGACGCGAGUAAAACUGUCGGUGAAAAGGUGGAGGACGAGGUGAGACGAGCCGAGAGAGAAGGCGAGUCUGCAGCUCGAGGACUCGUGGAUGGUGCAAAGGAGAUAAGGGACAAAGCAGCAGCGGAUGCAAAAGAUGCCAGAGACAAAACUGCUGCAAUUGCAAAGGACGCUAAAGGCAAAAUCUCUGAGAAGGUGGCUGACGCUGGUAAAGUUGUUGGAGACACAGUCGCGGACGGAGCAGAGAAAGUCGAGGCAACCGCUCACGCAAUAGCGACCGAGGCGAAACAAACGAAAGACAAGGUAUCGAAAGAAAUUCGGGACGACGCCGAGGCGGCGAAGCGGAAAGUUUCGUCGGGAGCAGCCGCUGUUGUGGACGGUGCUGCUGCAGCGAAAGACAAGGCAGCGAAAGAGGCUAAGAAAGCCAAGGAGAAGGGUAGCGGUUUCCUCACGGGGCUGUUCAAGGGUGCAAAGCAGGCAGCCGAUGACGUUACGGGAGACGUCAAGGACUUCCUCGAGGAGGCAAAGAGGGAAGCUUCCGAAGAGAAAGCUCGCGCGCACGAAUCAAUGGAGAGAAAAAUCGAGGACGUGGCUGCAGCGAAAGACAAGGCGGCUGCAGGAAUAAAGGACACGAAGGACAAGAUAACGAGCGCCGUGAAGGAUGCUAAAGUCGCAGCAGGUGAAAAGAUGUCUGAAACUGCGCAGAAAGUAUCCGAUGCCGGUGAAAGAGUAGCUGACGGUGUGAGAAAUGUUGACAAACAGGUGGAUACUGAAAUUCACGACGUAGUUGACAGCGCGAAAGCAGCGAAGGACAAGUUGGUGGCCGAUGCGAAAGACGCAAAGGAGAGGAUCGGCGAGAAAGUGAGCGAAGGCGCGCAAAAGAUGUCAGAAACUGGUAAAACAGUAGGAGAGAAAGUAGCGGAUGGGGUGAAAAAGGUUGAAGACGAGGCGAAAUCGGCAAAGGGCAAGGUGACAACAGAAGCGGAAGCUGCGAAGCGGAAAGUUUCCUCGGGAGUUGACGCGGCUGCGGAGACCGCAGCGGCAGCAAAGGACAAGGCUGCGAAAGAAGCCAAGAAAACCAAGGAAAAGGCCGGUGGUUUCCUGUCGGGAUUGAUCAAAACUGUGAAACAGACGGCGGACGAAGUUUCGGACGAGGUGAAAGAAUUCGUCGACGAGACAAAGAAGGAAGCUGCCGAAGAGGAAGCUCGUGCUCGCGAAGGAAUUGGCAGUAAGGCGAGAGAGAUGGACGCGGCGAAGGAACGAGCCGUUGCCGGCGUGGAAGCUGCCAAGGACAAAGUUGUCGCUGAUGUAAAAGUUACCGGGGAGAAAAUUUCAUCUGCCGUAAAAGAUACGAAGGACAAGAUCGAUGAAAGAGUGUCAGAAGCUGGUAAAGCCGUGGACGAUAAAAUUACCGACGCGGUGAAGAAAACGGAUGCAAAAGCAGAGACGGCUGCUCAGAGCGUUGCUGACGAAGCAAAGGCAACAAAGGACAAAUUGAAAAAGGAGAUUAAAGAAGACGCGUCUGCUGCGAAGCAAACGAUCUCGUCCGGAGUGGAUAUGAUCGUGGAUGGCGCAGAAGCGGCGAAGGACAGGGCAUCGAAGGAGGGUAAAAGAGCCAAGGAGAAGGGCGGCGGUUUCCUUUCCGGCUUGAUCAAAAGCGCGAAACACGCGGCGGAUGAGAUAUCCGGCGACGUGAAGGAGUUUGUCGACGAGACGAAGAAGGAAGCCGUGGAGGAGGAGAAGAAGGAGGCUCGUGCCCGAGAGGUAGCGUCUGAAAAAUUGAAAGAUCUCGACACGGCUGUUGCGAAAGCCGCCAAGGACAAGGUUAAAACCGGCGCGAAAGAAGUUGAAACGACAGUCGGCUCGAAGGUGUCCGAAGGUGUGCAGAAAGUAUCGGAUGCCGGAAAGUCUGUCAGAGAGAAACUGUCGAGUCAGACGGAGCAGAGAUUCGUGAUAGACAGCAGCGAGCCGAAAAGCAGCGUAGCUGCGUUUCUGGAAGAGAUUAGACGAGACGCAGUGUGGGACAAAGUACCGCUGCAAGACGAGGCCGACGUUCACUCGUACGAAAACGUGGACACGAUGUACGUGAGGCAGGGGAAGCCCGAGCCGAAAGCUGCGAAACGCGGGAAAGACGUGAGGUUCGCGACGGAAACGGUUACCUCGUCGGUUCUCGAUGUACACGAUCCGCUGUUCGGCUUAGGCGCCGAGGCGCAGAUCAGACUGUCGGACGUGAGCGGCGGUAACGUGAUGCCUGAUCGCGAUGCCGGCGAAUCGACAACCGAGAAAGUAUCGUCCCGCAUUCCACAGCGAGUUAGUAGUUCGUCGAAAGAUCGGUUAGUUAGCUCUAGCGGUUGGUCGGACAGUACGGUUAAGAUAGGGGACGUGUUUAGCGAAGUAGAGCACCUCGAGCCUCAGACACGACAGACCGUCACCACAGUCGUAAGAAAGUCUGUGCGGACGGCAGCGACCCCACCACCCAGUCCCGCCGAGUACACUGACAGUAGAAUCGAAGAUGUUACCGAGGAGGCGGCGAGACGGGCGCAGAGCCUGGCCGAUCAGGCGCAAUCGGCGACGAAAUCAGGGCAUGAUUCGGCUGAGAUUGAUGGGACUGUAGAGAGGCAUGCUACUUCUGCUCCAACAAAGCAACCUGUUCCCGCCCCGCGACACUCUACCAGGUCGUCCGUCAAAACAGACUUUCAUCUAGACUUCGGCGAUACCACCUCGUGCACGCAAGCGUACAGUCCCAAGCGUAAGACGAAAGAGCAAUCGAAGCAAGAGCUUCGGCAUGACCGUUCCCCGGAAACGAGCGCUGCGAAAAGUAAAAUACCGGUGAAGGUAAAGAAAUCCGUAGAGAACGAAACAACAACAACGACGACGACGACGACGAACGAGACCGAGCUACGUAAACCUACGAGUUUCACGUCGAACGACUCGCAGAUACCAGACGUAACGACAGACAUACCGUUAGCGGAACGAACCACCGACAGCGAGAAACUGCUCCAAGACCUGUCGGAGAGAUCGCUCGAAAUCGGCGAGAAAGAGUCGCGGCAACCGGAAGAGGACAAGGAGAAGAGCGAUUAUUCGGCGAAGACCGAAGAAUUGUCGAACGAAACGGAAACGAUCGAACCACCAACGACCACCACCGGGAUCAUAAAGAGAGUAGAGAUUACUGCGACGACUGUCACGGUGGCGAAGGAGGACUCGUCUUCCAGACCUCGGACUAAAUUCGUCACGAGUGAGAGCGAAACAACGAGCAGGGACGAAACGUCGAGGAUGACGACGGUGAGAACGACGACGAAAGCUGUACGCGAGAGUACCGACACGGAACAAACCGGACGAACGAUACGAACGAUCACGACGACGUCGGUUAGCGGCGAUUACGGAGACGUGCCGGUGCCGAUUUUAAAAGGUCGCGGCGGUCUGGCAACGACGUACGACGUGGUGGCCGACCAACAAUCGUCGACGAAAUCGGCAAAGAACGCUGCUGGCGAGACGUCCGAGACCGCGUGGGCCCACGGCAGCGUGACGACGACGGAUCGUCGUUCGUUCCAGAACGACGAGAAGUUAGUAGGGCAAUGGGGGGAGGGCCAGCGCUCGCAAGACACGUCGCCCGGUUCCGGUAACGGCGACAUUUACGCUAAAAACGAUAGCUCACGGCACGAUUUAAACAGCGACACUGAGAGUGACGGUUCACCACGAUCGAGGAGAAGAUCGCCGAGCAAGAGGUGUACAUUGGACAGUUCCAGCGGGUCUGAUGUAGCACUGCACGAAGGUGCGGAGCUGUCCCCGUUGGAGGACGACCAAGGUACCGCACUCACAGCUAACCUUCUAAAAUCUGACUUUUUGCAACUUAGCGAGCCAUACUACAUGGACAUGACGACGCAUCUUCCCGAGAGUCAGCAAAGAAUAACCAGAACCGUAGAAGUGAUUACAACGACCACCGUGACCACAAGUCGAGACGAGUUGCGAGACGUGUGCAAGUUCGUCGAUAAAAGGCAAGAGCAGUGAAGCAUCAGGGGUCUCAUGGGCGAUAGGAGUAGGAAGAGAAGGGAAUUCUUCGUCGUCUGCUAAUCGUGCAUUGCGGAACGAGAGCAAAGGAACAAUUGAAUGAAAGCAAAACAAAAAACAAAAAAAAAGAAAAAGAAAAAAAGAAAAAAAACGCCAAAUUCUCUAGCGCUAGUCGAAGAAAAGCACCUGGCUCCCGUCUGGUUUCGACGUGUCCUCGAGCGUCGAACGAGACGAUCCUCCGAACAAUAAAGUAAAACGAAUGAAAACAUAGAUCAAAAAGUAACGAAUACCUGUCGACAUAGAUGCUCUUCUAUAUCAAAUAUAAUAUAGCGGAUUAUCCUAUCGGUGCUUCGUGAAAACGUAUAAAGAAAAAAAGAAAAAAAAGAAAAAGAAAUAUAUAUAUAUAAAUAUAUAUAUAUAUAUAUAUAUGCACGACAAUUUACUAUCACACUCAUGGCCUACGCUUCGGAUUUGCUUGCCAUUCGGUUGCAUUGAGUUGCCUUAAAUAUGUUUUACGUUGAAUCUUGCGAUUAAAUGAUGUACGUCGUCGCUAGUCCGACUAGCUGAUUUCGCUAGUCUUCACUAAGCCAACCCGUCCAUGUACAACGCCUUUCUCGUGUUGUUUAAAACGAAAACGAAAGGGGAGACAGGAGGAAAAAACUAACGAAAAAAAAAAAAAAGGAAAAAAAAAGAGUAAACGCUUACAGGAACAAUGUGGACAAAAGAAAGAAAAACCAUAGGGAAAUGAGUCAUGAAAAGUGAAAAAUAUUCGUCUGAACGUACAGACUCGAGAAAACAUUGCGGCGAUAUAUAUUUGUAGACAUUUUUGAAAGGUGGAGAGGAUACGCGAGAUGUAAUCGACAAAAA